AAAAAAAACUUAUACAGAAAUUUGAGUUUGAAAUGAAACGAUACAGAAAUAACAACCAAGGCCGUAGAAACGGCAGAUUUGCCCCCAAACUACCACAAUAUAAGACAGUAUAUAUUGAAUUCAAAACUGCAGCAGGUGCUAAAUACUUAAUGGACAAAGGAUGGUCCUUAGAUAUUGAAGAUUUUAACAUUAGAAUCUUACCAACUAACAAUAAUCACGAGGCUUACUUAAAACGUACGUCAAAAGGAUAUAAAAUAACUGGUCUUCCUAAUAAUACGAACGUAAAAGAUAUGACUAAAAUAAUAACCCUCAUAAAUGGAGAAACUUGUUCAAUUCCCAAAGCCAAGACUAGAUUUUGUUCUAAAAUAGCAUACGUCAUGGUUGAUCCCAAAAAUUUUGAAGAUAAAAUUAAAAAAAUCACCGCAUUCAAUACAUCAUUAUAUAUUAUUCCACUUGAUAAUAACGUUAAAACUUGUAUACAAUGUGGCUCACCUGAACACAUGAUACAAGAAUGCAACUCUGAACAUACUAAUUCGCCUAAUGGACAAAAAUUCUUCAAACCCAUCAAUAUCCCUCGUAACACUGCAAAAAUAGUGGUUAGUAAAAGCAUAUCAGAAAAUUAUGGAUCUCUUAUGAAGAUCAAUGAAGAUUUCAAUAGACAAAAAAUUUCAAAAACAUCAACCAAACCUAAUCAACCAACCAAUAGAAACUCAAACCAACAACAACAAUGGGCCCAACGCCAAAUGAUUUAUAACAAUCAACCAAUUUCUCCUACACGCCCUAGACAGAAUAUCAACAAUCAACCAAAUAAUAAUAACAAUAACAACGAUUGUAACUCAACUCAAAUUUCUAUCGAUAUUGCUACCUUAAAUGACAAAAUGAAAUGGGCUGAAAAAAUGAUUAAAGAUUUAGAAAAACAGGUAGACGAUCAAAAAAAAGAAAUUGAACAACUUAAAGUAUUUGCGAAAGAAGUCUCCGCACACAAUAAUUACGUUAAAGAAUCCAUGGAUAAAAUGGUUAAUUUCCAACAGACUAUGUCUGAAAGAGAUAUUGUUAAAGACGCUCAACUCAAAGAAAUUUUAAAUGCAGUCAAAGGACAAUCACACCAUCAACCUCAAGAAUAUCAUCACCAAGAAGAGCAGUUACAAAUACAAUACAUCCCUGAACAAAAUCUGAAUCCUCAAAUGCAAUCGAACCAACCAAGACGAAAUUCCAAAGAAGGAAGAAUUUCGCCAUCAUACCAACAAUACAAUACGCCACAACACAAAAUAUACCAGUUCAAUAACUACAAUCAAGAACAUCAUGAAAUGAUUAAUAGCGAAUAUUAUAACGCUAAUUCACAACCGAAUGAAGGAUGGGACGAAAAUUAUGGUAGUUCAUCAUCCUUACAUACACCUUCUUCUGCAUCUUAUAAUAAUGAAACUGAAGAUAUAUCACAAGAAGAGCGUUUAAGUCAAUACGGCAACGAAUACAAUAACCACGAUCAAGAAAAUGACGUUUCAUCACAAGAACAAAGCAAAGGAUUUACAGGAUAUAUAAAAUCCCUUGUCCGUUAAAUUCCAUUCAGUACAAGUAUAUAUCUCUCAAACUAUCAGGGUGGACUAAUGAUGGACAACAAUAUUAAUAAUACCGAUCAGCCUCUAAACCUGAUCACUGAUUCAAAUUCUUUAUUUUCUUUAUCUCCUUCUCUUACUUAUUCUCAAAAUAAUUCACAAAAUCUAAAAAACUACAAAAAAAAUUAUUAUAAUAAUUAUAAAAAUCAAAAAAAUAAUUCUUCUUAUUUUUCUUCUUUUAAUUCACAUUCGCACAUUAAUUUUGCAACUUUAA